AUGGAUGAUCAAAAUUAUGACAAUGAACCAAAUACGGGCAUUACCGCUGGAGCAUCGUUCACUAUGCAUGGCAAUUUCCGAGUGUUCGCGCGAGCCAUUAUGAUGUUGAAUCGAGUCGGUGAAGAACUCUAUUUGGAACCGAAUGAAGAGGGGUUGGCUCUCCGAGCGCUGAAUUCAAGUAAAUCGGCAUAUGCGACAUUCCUCUUCUCGAGCACUUUCUUUAUCAGUUGUGAUUUAAGAAGUAUCAAAAACAGCGACUAUAAUCUGUGUAGGAUUUCAAUGAAGGUUUGUUGUUGCAUUGCAUUAAUUAUAGGAACCACUUCAUGGCAUACUGAUUUUAUUUUUCGCAUUUCGCUUUCAUGA